AUGAAAGUUAUAAAACUCAUAUUCUUGGUAAUUGUCUUCUUAAAUCCCAGCAAAUCCUGGGAAUAUUGUCAAGCUGAUGUACAAAACAAAUUAUGCGGAGGAGGACAAGCACAUUUGCUUUGUGAUGGCAAAAACUCUAUAACAAAUCCAUCCUACAUAUCGAAGGAUUUUUUGGCCCAUGUGCCCUUAACAAGAAAAGUAAAGGAAGCUUUUAUAAAUUGGCAUAAUUAUUACCGUAAUCGUACAGCGGGUGGAUGGGCAAAAAAUAGUUUAAAUAGUAUAUAUUUUCCCAUGGCUGUUCGCAUGCGCGAAUUACUAUGGGAUAGUGAAUUGAGCUUUUUAUCACAUUAUCGCUCAAAACUGGUGAAUGCUGGAGAAGCAACAUGUCGCGGCAGCCAGCGUUUUCCCUAUGUAGCACAAAAUUUGAUAGUUAAAGCCUUAAAUGAACCCAAACCAGUAUUAGAAAUUAUAUCUUUAUCAUUGAGGGAAAUGUUUGAUGAGAAGAAUAAUAUAGAAAAUCCUACCGAAAUGCCAAAGGAGUUUAUGUAUGAUUAUGAAGUUGCAAAGCAAUUUACAACUAUGAUAAAUGAUGGUGUUUCACGUGUAGGCUGUGCUGUAGCCUUAGGUGCUGAUUGCAUGGAUAAGUACGAUACAUAA